AUGGGCCAAUGGAUCAAUGGGUCAAUGGAGAGCAUGCCUCUUAUCUUGAAUGUCUAUUUGAAGAUGUGUGAAAGCAACCGAGUGGAACCAGGCCCUGUAUCACCAGGAAGGACAAGCUUUCACAUGCUGGGAAGAGCAAGAACCUCCGCAGCUGGAAAAAUUGGAACUAAGCAAGUCCUCAAGGGAGAAGAGACAGCAAGUGUUAUAAUCUAUGAAUCCCCGGGUGGUCGGAAACAGGCAACUGAGCUGUCCGCUGCAGCCGGCGUUGAUCUUUGGUUUUCGGCGAUGCGGACGGAAAGGAAGCCUCCAUAG